UCGGUGUUGGAGAAACGAGGCUGAGGUCUCCCCCGAACGCUCCGCACGUCACGCCGCACGCGCCGACGCGGCACUUGACCCCUGUCUGCUGUCGUCCCGUUUGGGAAGGAAGCUAUGUGACACCUGGCUUCGAAGCACAGGAGCGCAAUUGAUUUCUGGCCUCGCGCAAGCAAAUGAAUGCUGAGGUUGAGUCUAGGAUGACUUGACUGUACCUGGGUGACUGGACCCUGAGACGCUACCAGUACGCGUCGCCAACGGCCGCCAAUGUACACGAAUCGCGACCCGUUCAACCUCCGCAGCAAAGCAUCGAGAACAGCCCCAUCCGCCUUCUCGCUUCUCCAGAACGCCGCCACACGCACCACACAGGCCGUCGAAUUGACCAAGCAGUCCACCAAGCAGGCCGUUGAGGCUACCAAGCAGGCGCUAAAGGACUCCGAUAUGUCCUUCGCUGUCCCGCGCAACAUCGAGUCUGCUUCACGUCGCUUCGAAGAGAAUGUCUGGAACAAAGUCACAGGGAACGAGAAGGGCUUGCCAAUGUAUAAGGACAAGCCAGCUGGAUACGGGUAUGGCGGUGCGAAGGGGAAGAGAGGAUUUGUGAGGAGCAAGAGGGGGUUGGUGACAAUAGCGCUGCUGGUGCUGGGGUUCGUAUACUGGAUGUUGGUGCCGGGCUCGAACCAGACGCCAGCCGCCAAACUGGGAUCCGGGGGAGGCUGGUUCGGUGGAGGCGCAGCCAGAAAGAAAGCUCUGUUGUGGGAGAAGCGGAGAGAGGCCGUAAAAGAUGCCUUCUUGCUGAGUUGGAACGCUUACGAGGAGCAUGGAUGGGGCUACGACGAGUACCACCCGGUUGCGAAGACCGGCCGCUAUAUGGCACAACCGAACGGCAUGGGCUGGAUCAUUGUUGAUGCACUGGACACCAUGAUGAUCAUGAACCUGACCAAGGAGCUAAAGCACGCGCGUGAAUGGGUCUCCACCACCCUUGAUUACGACAAGGACCAAGACGUCAACACCUUCGAAACCACUAUUCGCAUGCUCGGAGGUCUGCUAUCGGCACACUAUUUACAGGAAACCCUUCCUGGACUGAAACCAGCCAACGCAAAUGAACAAGACGUUUUCCUCGAGAAGGCCACGGACCUUGCAGAUCGUCUCAUGGGCGCCUACGAUUCACCCUCUGGUAUUCCCUGGGCCAGUGUUCGCCUAAAGGAUAGCAAGGGCGAAGCUUCGCAUGCUGACGGUGGUGCAUCCUCAACCGCCGAAGCGACUUCCCUGCAGCUCGAAAUGAAGUAUCUUGCCUAUCUUACAGGAGAAGAGCAUUACUGGGAGAAGGCUGAAAAGGUCAUGCAAGUUGUGGAUGACAACGGCUCCAAAGACGGUCUGGUACCUAUCUUCAUCUAUGCCGACCGCGGCACCUUCCGAGGCAGUGAGGUCCGUCUGGGCUCCCGUGGAGACAGCUACUAUGAAUACCUGAUCAAGCAGUAUCUGCAAACACAGAAGCAAGAAACUGUCUAUCUGGAUAUGUGGAAGGAGACCCUUCGAGGUGUGAAGAAGCAUCUUCUCACUUACUCCAAAGACGCUCAUCUGACAGUGCUCGCGGAGCGGCCUGGUGGCUUAGACGGAGAUCUACACCCAAAGAUGGAUCAUUUGGUCUGUUUCUAUCCCGGUACCAUUGCGCUUGCCCAAACCGGCGGUCUUCCCAUCUCUGUGGCGCAGAAAUUGCCGUCCUGGGGCAAGGAGCAGGAAGAAAAUAUGCUGCUCGCAAAAGAGUUGACCAAGACAUGCGUGGGCAUGUAUCACACCACGGCCACAGGGCUUUCCCCCGAGAUUGCACACUUCGAACUCGACGAGGAGCCGAAAAUGUAUCACGACGAGAUUCUCCCCUCAUUGACGGAAUUGGAACCCGAUGUUCCAGAGGGCGAGGGAUGGAAGAAAGAUUUCAUCGUCAAGCCUGCUGAUGCGCAUAACCUGCAAAGACCCGAGACGGUUGAGAGUCUGUUGUACAUGUGGCGCAUCACAGGAGACGAAAUCUACAGAGAGUGGGGAUGGCAGAUGUUCAAUGCGUUCGUGAACCACACUGCUAUCGAGGGGGGAGGUGGAUACACUUCUGUGAACGAUGUCACCAAGAUUCCGCCGCCGAGUAGGGAUAACAUGGAGAGUUUCUGGCUGGCCGAGACCCUCAAGUACUUCUAUCUGCUGUUUGGCCCCAACGAUCUCCUGCCCCUGGACCAGAUCGUGCUGAACACGGAAGCUCAUGCCUUCCCGCGAUUUGACGCGAGUAAAAAGCGAUUCAAGACUGGGUGGGCGCGGAUACCGAGGAAUGAGAAAGGCGAAUUGAUAUUGAAAACAGAAGCAAACAAGGAGGAGAAGAAAGAGGAUGUAAAGGAAGAGACGACGGAAGAGAAGACGGAAGAGAAGACGGAAGGGAAGAAGGACGACAAGAAGGACGAUAAGAAGGAAGAGAAGAGAGAAGAGAGUUGAGAAGGUCGCAUGGCAGACUGACUUCUGGUAUUAAGCGAAUCGCACGUUUGCAUUCCUGGCGUUAUCUGCAAUUUUGUAUCAACAAAUACUGCUCUAUAUACAAGAUCCUGAACGGAUUGAUAGUACAGCACUAGGCUCGAAGACAUUUACGGACGAAAUCUUAUGCGGUGUUCUACCGAGCUUGAUCGUUUUGAUGAAGUACGAGAUCUUCACGCCCUGUCACCUACAUGUAUAGGGCGUACAUGCCACUGCAGGAAGCAAAACCUUGUAUCUAACGCGCUAUCUGCGGUAUUUGCGGUAUUUAGUACUCUCACACUAUCAUCAGGCAACAACACACGGAGGUUCACAACCAAAUGAGG